AUGUCGGGCUAUGACCUGUCUGAGCAGUCCUGCUUCACUUCCAGUGCGACAAAGGAAUGGCAAUACUGUGGUGUGUGUGUCUGUCACUGCUGGCCGACUUGCUCAACUCUAUACAACUGCUCCUCCCUCUACGAGACUGUCCCCAACAACAACGACCUGAUGGCGGACUGCCGAGUCAACACCAUCGCCCUGCAGGUGAACCUCUGCACGGCACUGUGGGCAGGCUUCGACCCUGCCAACCUGGCCCUGAACAGUCAGCACAACAAUAGACUUUUCCAAGGAAUCAUAGACACCAGCGUGGACCCUCUAGUCUAUCCGCUUCCAACUUCCAGCCAGUCGCUACAGGUUGUAAACGAGGUUCCCAGCUCCUCUGGGCCCUUUAGCCAGUUCUCCUCCGUCCAGUCUGUCAUCAUCACGGGCGACGUCGACACACCCAGCUCCUCGGUGGGAAUUAUCAGCUGCUCCACAGAUCUCUACUAUCACUUCUCCUGCCUUUACCCCCUCGAGUACCUCAUCAGCAACACCAGGAUAGCUGUGCAUCCUUUGUCAUCAGUGCCAGUGGCCACCAGUGACAAAAAUGGAAGCUUUAUUGACACACUCAGCAUGAGUGUGUACGACAUGAUCUCGUUCUAUCCGUCGGUGGUGCCAUCUAGUGGACUACAACUUUUCCCACUCAGUUAGUGUGAUACCCCUUUGUGUGUCUUUUUCUAACUGGGAUCUUUUGCGAUUCGUUAUUUCGCAACUCCGUCCACCUACACUUCCAACAGCGCUACAGGACACGACUUUUUCACCGGGUGA